AUGAAUAGUUCAUCCUAUCAUGCACUUUUUGGUUUCGACAUGAUAACACACGCUUCUUCCUACGAAUUGCUUCGAAAGCUACAACUAAUUGACGAACCAACUGCUCAAAUCUCAAGAGAUGAUAAUUUACGAGAUGAUAAUUUACAGCUCAUUAGAAAGAACUUAAAGAAAUAUAUAAAAGAAGCCUAUGACAAGAACACAAAACAAUACAAUUUAAAAACUAGACCUCAAACAUUUUCCAUAAAUCAAGAAGUUUUUCGGCGAAAUUUUUCAGAGAGCAAUAUGAAAAAGAAUUUUAAUGCCAAAUUGUCGCCUUUAUUCGUAAAAGCAAGAAUUCGUGAAAAACUUGGAAAUCACUAUUACGUCCUAGAAGAUCUACAGGGUAAACUAGUAGGAACAUAUCAUGGUAAAGACAUUCGGCCAUAA